AUGAUAUCUGCCGUUGCGCUCUCUGUUCUGGGACUCUAUGGCCUCUCGGUUAACGCUCAGGCUACUGAAUGGGCUCAAUGUGGCGGAAUCGGCUGGACGGGCGCAACCACAUGCGUAUCUGGCACCGUGUGCUCUAAAAUAAAUGAUUAUUACUCUCAAUGUAUUCCAGGCACGGCCGCCCCGACGACUGCUCCCCCUGCGUCGACUGUGACAGGACCUACCCCCGCUCCUACGGCCACACCUACCUCUGCGCCAUCUACUACUGGCCCUGCGACCCCCUCCAGUUCUUGUGCUACCCCACCCGCCAGUGCAGGAAAGCUUCGUUUCGCCGGCGUCAAUAUUGCCGGCUUCGACUUUGGAUGUAACAGUGACGGUUCUUGCACCGCUUCUGCUGCCUGGCCACCUCUGACCGAGUACUACGGUCAUGAUGGUGAAGGCCAAAUGAAUCACUUUGUUCAGAAUGACGGCUUCAAUGUCUUCAGGUUACCCGUUGGUUGGCAAUUCCUUACGAACGACGUCCUUGGUGGUGUGAUCAAUGAGACAAAUUUCCAAAAGUACGACGCGCUUGUUCAAGCUUGCAUCAAUUCUGGUGUGGCUGCAUGCAUCGUUGACGUACACAACUAUGCCCGCUGGGAUAAGGGGAUUAUCGGUCAAGGUGGCCCAACAGAUGAUCAAUUUGCCGCUCUCUGGGGAUCCAUUGCCACAAAGUAUGCUUCGAACAGCAAGAUCAUUUUUGGAGUUAUGAACGAGCCUCAUGAUGUGCCUGACAUCAACCGCUGGGCCCAGUCUGUCCAAGCUGCAGUAACUGCGAUUCGUAAUGCUGGCGCUACAUCCCAAACCAUUCUCCUGCCCGGAAACAACUGGACAUCUGCCGCCACCUUUGUGUCUAACGGAUCGGCUGACGCACUGAACAAGGUCACCAAUCCCGAUGGGAGCAAGACGAACCUAGUGUUCGACGUCCACAAGUACCUCGACUUCGACAACUCCGGCACAAACGCCGAGUGCGUCACCAAUAACAUUGAUGAUGCCUGGGCCCCUCUUGCAGAAUGGUUGCGAUGCAAUGGCCGCCAAGCGUUCAACACCGAGACUGGAGGUGGAAACACCGCAUCUUGUCAGCAAUUCCUGUGUGAACAAGCUCAAUUCCAGGCGCAGAACUCCGAUGUCUUCCUGGGUUACGUCGGAUGGGCUGCUGGUAAUUUUGACCCGAGUUACGUCCUCGGUGAGACUCCUACGCAGAGCGGUUCUGUCUGGUCGGAUACUUCACUGGUGAAAGCAUGUCUGGCGCCGAAUACGUUGAGGCUUCUUGCUUAGUCUGAUAGUAGUAAUGUGCAUGGAUGUACAUUCAACAUGUAGCACAAACUGCGCAAACUUUUGGUCUCACUUUCAACACCAAUGAUUCGUCAUAGAUUUUCAGCGGAUGCUGGCCAUGGGGCUAAAAGACGCAAA